AUGAAGAUGGACCCUCCCGCCGUGCGCGUCCUCCACACCCUGCUGGUGCUGGCGAUCUUGCCCCCCGUUGCCUCUGUCUCCUGCCCCCGGCCUUGUUCCUGCCCCCAGCCCACAGAGCUCCACUGCACCUUCCGCUCCCUCCUCACCAUCCCAGCUGCUGUGUCUAGACACGUGGAACGCAUGAACCUGGGGUUCAACAGUAUCAACAAGAUCACAGACAAAUCUCUGGCUGGUCUGGGGAAGCUGGAGCUGCUGAUGAUUCAUGGAAAUGACAUCCACACUGUACCUGAUGGAGCGUUCAAUGACCUUGUGUCACUGCAGAUGUUGAAGAUGAGCUACAAUAAGCUGAAGGAGAUCAACAGACACACCCUCCAGGGUCUGUGGUCUUUAGCCAGGUUACACUUGGACCACAACCGCCUGGAGUUCAUCCACCCAGAUGCCUUCCAGGGCCUCACCUCUCUGCGACUACUGCAGCUGGAAGGCAACCAGCUUCAGCAGCUGCACCCAGCGACGUUUGCCACCUUCACGCUGAUGAGCCACUUCCACGUCUCCACUCUGAGGCACCUCUACCUGUCAGACAAUGGACUGACGUCACUGCCCUCCGGGCUGGUGGCAACCAUGCCUCACCUAGAGAACCUGUACCUCCAUGGCAACCCAUGGACCUGUGACUGCAGCAUGAGGUGGCUGCAUGACUGGGAUAAAACCUCACCAGGUGUCUUGAAAUGUAAAAAGGACAGGGCCCUUCCUGGUGGCCAGCUGUGUCCCAUGUGCUCCUCCCCCAGGCACCUACAGAAGAAAGAGCUCCAGGCUUUGGAGAACCUGGUCUGCAGCAGUCCCGUCAUCAGCUCUCCUCACCGGACUUCCCCACCUGAGGACAAUGAAAGUGAGGUCAUGACCGCAGACAACUUCAGGGAACCAUUAGGAAACGUCUCCCUGGGCCUGUCUGAUGAACAUGGGAAUGAGGUGGAUCUGGAUUGUAGUAUCCGCGAGCCAAAGGAGAUUACCAAGAUCAGCUGGGAGCAGGUCGACCAGCUCCAACUGGCCUCCAACAUCACUUUGUCAGUGGAUCUUGAAUGUCCUGUUGAUAGAGAAAAGUAUGAGCAACUGUGGAGGCUGGUCGCUUACUACAGCAAUGUGCCAGCCCACUUACAAAGGGGGAUUAUGCUCAGCAAAGACCCUCAUCCAACCUAUGUGUAUAGACAGGACUCUGAGAAGGACGCACUCUACUACACAGGUGUUAAAGCUAACAUCAUGGCCCAGCCAGCAUGGCUGAUGCAGACGUCUGCAGACCUUCAGCUGAACAGACUUCAGUCAUCAGCCAAGGUGGUGAAAUUGAUCCUGAGUACAGACUUCUCGGAGACAGUGGAGGCUGAGCUGGUGCGAAGACAAAGAAGGACGUGGGUCUUGAUCGAGUCAACAAACAAGACUCAAAAGGUGUUGAGCGCUGUCCUGGGAAGCCAAAGUCAAAUAGACUGUAAUGUGCACAGUUCUGGCCAAGCAGCAAUUCACUGGAUGCUGCCAGACGACUCCAAGUUGGAGGCACCAUACAACAGUCCAGACAGCAGGGUGUCUGUGUCCAGUGAUGGACAGCUGGUCAUUAAAUCUGUCAGCCACACAGACGCAGGAAUUUACUACUGCAUUGCCAAGGUUCAUGGAGACUUGGAUGUCCUGCCAUUCCAUCUGACAGUGCAGGAAUCCUCCAGCCCUCUCCCAGGAGAGGAUGCCUCAAUUACACCCAUUGAGGGGUUUGUUGGGAACCCCAUCUCCCUAUCCUGCAUGGCAUCUGGCUCCCCUGAUGCUGAGAUUAACUGGAUUCUACCAAGCAACAACAUAGUUAGUCUCCAAGCCAAAUCCCCGAGAGCUUUGGUUUAUUCCAAUGGCACUCUACAUAUCCCACACACUCAGUUAUUAGACAGCGGUUAUUAUAAAUGCAUUGCCAUGAAUCAACAUGGUGUGGAUACACUGGCAGCAAAAGUUACUGUCAUCCGGCGCAAAGGGCUGGUAAGGCCUUUGAGGAAGGUUUUAGCAAGACCUCAGUCAGCCUCAGGAGUCAACACUCAGAUUAAAGUCCCUACAGAGGAUACAGAGGAGGCAUCAGGGGACACUGAAGUAACUCAGGGGGCAUCUCCAAUGAAUCCUUUGAGAAGAAGACUCCCAGAAGGUGUGGCUCCAGGAAGAAGGGGCAUCCAUCCAUCAAGGAAUAUGUGGCGGAGGCCGCCAGUGCUUCGAAAACCUACAGGAUCACGUGUUGAAGACAGGAAAAAUAUAGUGGAGAACAGGAGGAGGAUUAAUAUGACAAAGAGUAAAAUAGACCCAGAGAAAUGGGCAGACAUUUUGGCGAAGAUCAGGGAUAAAAACGCUCAGAAUACCGUGACCCCACCCCCAGGUCAACACACAACAGAGAGGGGACUGACAGAGCAGACAACACUGUCACAAGAAACCAUUGAAGGAUCAUCAGAUGGCGUGACUGCGCCGGAGAGAGAGGGCCAGGAUUACAUCACAACACCACACACUCCAGUACAACACACACAAAUGAAGACUAAUAAACAAAGUACACAAGGCCAGGGAAGCCAUGUGACAUCUAAUCGCAUCUACACCACAGAUAAUACCUCAAAUAGUCAACACACACACACGAUACAUGCUACAACAGAGCCACACACAAUGCAGACUACAUACAAUCUGCAGCACACAACCAGUGAUGCAAACUUGGAUCUAUACACAACUUCAAACAGUGUAUUUUUCCUCCCACAGACCACAUCUGUUCCCCUCCAUGCUGUCACUUUCUGGCAGGCGAACACAAACAGCGCGAGCAGCAGCAGCAGUACAUUUUCUCUACAAGAGAACCACAGCACAAACACAGAUGUUGAUGGAGUCAAAACAGCUGAUUGGUCCAAGGUGUUGGAGAGGAGUGAGAAUACUGCUAGACCUAACGUUGUUGCCAUCUCUAAUAAUGACAGAGAGGUUUCUUCAAGUGGAAGUCAAAUUAUCCCUUCGGUCGAGUCAAAUGAAUCAGAGACAGGCCAAGAAGAAAAUGGAAAAUAUCUUUGUGAGACUGCAACAACACCACAGCCGCACACUCAGCCAAAGGAUGCAGAACUGGAUUAUUUGGAGUCUCAAGCAAUGCUCACAACAGCAUCUCCAACAACUACACUUGUGCCCACCACUACGAGGACGGAGCCUAAAGUACGCAUCCGGCCUAACUCCCGGAGAAAGAAUGGGGAUCGGAGGAAAAGACCAAACAGAAGGAAACAAAAGCUGAAUGAACCCACCCAGAUUAAUACCACCACACCUGCAAAUGCUCCCCUAGCAACAGUAAGGACCACCGCCCCCACACAGCUAAAAAUAGAACCAUUACAAGUUACAACAGCCAAAUUCAAUACCACUGUUCCAUUUACUGGGAGCCAAGCAGCGUCAUCAGGCAGACUGAGUCAUACAGAAAGCACAGUCUCCAGGCCUGACAACGAGGCAGCCACCAAACCCUCUUCACUACCAGCCAAAACUAAGGACAGCCACCUAGCUUCGGCCAAACCUCUAUUCAGAAGCACAUCAGCAGCACCAUCAUUUCCAACAACCUCUCCAGGAGUGGGUCACGGAAAGACAAGUUCUAGAACAACCUUAAGAAUGGCAGAGAAUUUGUCUCCUCCAGAGAUCUUGGAUAUGCUCCCUUCAACCACUCAGCCAAGGUUUACAGAGAGCUCCCUUCCACCUGUCAGACCUUCAGAGACACAAAGGUCAAGCGUUACUGCAACAAUGCAAACAUAUGUCGAGGAUAAUCAGUCAGACUAUCAAUACUCACUCACCAAAAACAGUGGAGAGAUGCCAUCCCCAUCUGCUGCUUCACCUGUCGAGCAUGAAAUCAAAACGACUUCUGGAUACGUUUCAAGUGGCUUAAUUACAGCACCGAGUCCAGUUUCUGAGGGUGAUUUGGAGACAGAACAGGUUACCACAAACACACCUACUCAACCUGAAAGAUAUCAUCAUAAUUCUAGUCAAAAUAACACCUCAAGCAGAGAGUCACAGGUAGAUCUGCAUCUUGACGAAACUGCAAACAUAGGAAUUAUUGUUGAUGCUCCUAUCACGAGUACGAUCAUAACAACACCUCCCCCUGCUAUAUCGUCAUGGCCCGAUCCUGUGAUGCCAUCCAGAGAGGUGUCACAUGUUACACUACCCAUAACAUCUUCCACGGGAAUUAAAACAGGACCUUCACUGAAGGCCACUACCCAGGAGGUUCCCAGGAUCACAAUAAAUCUCAGUCAAAACCAACAAAUUGAACCUAUCAUCACUACAUCUGAGUCUAGGAGAGUAUCAGACUACCAUCCUACAACCCAGUCACCUCACCACACACCGACCAGCAGGCUGACGACCAAGCAGACAGCCACCCCUGCCCCAACAAUUUCUUCAAUCCAGACUAAUCCGUUCAGAGAGAGACCGCUAACAAGCACUCAGGAAGCCUCCAUAAUGCUCCAGCUACCUGGACGAGGGUCUCUUCCAAGAGGCAAGCCAAGCAUAACUAAGAGCAAUUUCCAGACUUUCACUGUGAAAGCUGAAACAGAUGCUCAGCUUCCCUGUGAGGCUAAAGGCGAGCCAAAGCCCUUCCUGUCAUGGACUAAAGUUGCUAGUGGGGCAAGUAUUGCUCAGAACACCAGGGUCCAGAGGUUUGAGGUCCAUCCCAAUGGUACAUUAAUCAUCAGGAACACACAGCACAUGGAUGGGGGCCAGUACCUGUGCAUGGUCCAGAACCAGUAUGGUACAGACAAAAUGGUGGUCAACCUCGUGGUCCUGUCUCAGCAUCCGCGGGUGCUCCAGCCUCGGAACAGAGACAUCACAGUGCCUCUGGGUGGCAAAGUGGACUUGGAAUGUAAAGUGGAGGGGUAUCCUAUGCCUACGGUCACAUGGACGCUCCCUAACCAUGUCCACAUGGCUGCUGCCCCACUUGCCGUGUCACUUCAGCAGCGUGUGGCGGUCCUGAGUAACGGAACUCUACGGAUCAGCCAGGCCACUUACACUGACAGAGGGAUUUAUAAAUGCACUGGCAGCAGUGCAGCUGGAGCUGACACGGUCUCAGUCCACCUCUCUGUCUCGGCGUUGCCACCUGUAAUUCAACAGGCAGAGUAUGAAAACACCACCCUCCUUGAGGGUAGCACCGCCUACAUCCACUGCACUGCCACAGGCGCCCCUCCACCUGUCAUCCACUGGAUUACACCUGAUGGCGUACAGCUCACCGCUUCCCAGGUUUUUGCUCAACGCAACCUUGUUGUCUUCCCCAAUGGGACCCUCUACAUACGAGGUCUCAGCCCGGGGAAUGCUGGGAGAUACGAGUGCUCAGCCAGUAACGCAGUGGCAUCCAGUAGGAGAAUCAUGUUCUUGACCACAAAGAGGAAGCCAUUAUCGUCCAAGGCCAGUAUCACAUCAUCGUCCCCCCAGAGAACAGAUGUGAUCUAUGGGAGUAAGCUGCUGCUCAAUUGUGUGGCAACAGGAGAGCCAAGUCCCUGGAUCAUCUGGAGGACACCCUCUAAGAAGCUGGUCGAUGCUCAGUAUAGUUUUGACCACAGGAUCAAGGUCUUCCUCAACGGCACUAUAACCAUUCAUUCUGUGACAGUGGAGGACAGCGGUGAUUACAUGUGUGUGGCGCGUAACAAAAUGGGUGAUGACUACGUUCUGCGGCGGGUCAAUGUGCUGACCAGGCCGGCCAAAAUCGAACAGAAGCAGCAGCGAUCCAGUCAGGAGGUGGUGUACGGUGGAGACCUGAAGGUGGACUGCGUGGCCUCCGGGCUCCCCAACCCUGAGAUCAGCUGGGCACUGCCGGAUGGUACCAUGGUCAACCCGGUCAAACAGAAAGAUCGUGUCAGUGGAGGACGCAGUCGCAGGUACCUUGUGUUUGACAAUGGGACACUGAUUUUUAACGAUGUUGGCAUGCCAGAAGAAGGUGACUACACCUGCUAUGCUGAGAACCAACUCGGCAAAGAUGAGAUGAAGGUCAGUGUCAAGGUUAAGGUUGCAACUUCCCCGCCACAAAUCCAGGAUAAAGAUCAAAAGAUUGUCAGGGUUUUCUACGGUGAGACUGUUACACUGAUAUGUAACGCCAAAGGGGAACCAAUGCCAGUCAAAACAUGGAUAUCCCCUACAAAUAGAGUGAUAUCCCCUGAAUUAGACAAAUACCAGGUCCUGGAUGAUGGGACACUGGUGGUUCAAAAGGUCCAACGUUUUGAUGGAGGUAACUACACUUGCAUUGCCAGGAACAGUGCAGGACAAGACCAUAAAGUCGUCAAGCUGGAGGUCCUGGUAACACCUCCAAUGAUCAAUGGCUUAAGAGAAACUGCCAGUGCUGUCAAGGUAACCGCUGUCCAGGAUCAGCGGAAGCUGGUGGACUGUGUGGCAAAGGGAACCCCUACCCCUCGCAUCAUGUGGGUUCUACCAGGAAAUGUGAUCCUCCCUGCACCGUACUACAGCAACAGAAUGACUGUUCACCUGAAUGGUACCUUGGAAAUCCGGUCACCCAAGAGGACAGACUCGGGGCAGCUGGCUUGCAUCGCUCGUAAUGAAGGAGGGGAGGUCAGGCUGGUGGUUAAUUUGGAUGUGAAGGAGGUUGUCGAGAGGCCACAAACUGGGAUCCCAAAAACAGACAGUCUGUCUCUGACUGUGGGGAAUGCUAUGGCUUUGAAUUGCUCCUUUGAGGGUUUAACACUACCUCACAUCACUUGGAUCUUACCUAACGGCACACCUUUGCGUACCGGUGCUCGAUUCUCUAAGUUUUUCCAUCAGCCUGACGGCUCUUUGAUCAUCAGUAACCCAUCUGUUGGUGACGCUGGUAUGUACCGCUGUCUGGGGCGUAAUUCUAUUGGGCUCGUGGAACGUAUAAUCACAUUGUCACCAGGGAGAAAGCCUGAAAUCAACAACAAAUAUAACUCUCCUAUUAGCAUCAUGAGCGGGGAAAACCUUUUGCUCCAUUGCCUAACCAAUGGCAAACCCCUCAGACUAACAUGGACGCUACCCAGUGGAGUUGUCCUCAACAUGCCGCAGAGAGCUGGACGAUAUUCUGUACUGCCCAAUGGGACGCUGGCAAUACAACAAGUGACAGUCUAUGAUCGGGGGUCCUAUGUAUGCCGAGCAGCAAAUGAGUAUGGUAGCUCUCUGCUUCCAGUAUCAGUAACUGUACUUGCAUACCCACCUCAAAUUACCAAUGGCCCUCCCUCUGUGACUUAUGCUAAACGUGGAGUUGCUGUUCAGCUAAACUGUGUAGCAACUGGGAUUCCUAGAGUGGAGGUAGCAUGGGAAACACCUGAUAAAACUCGCUUGGCUGUCAGUGCGCAGCCACGCGUUUUUGGGAACAAGUACCUCCAUCCACAAGGUUCCCUCAUCAUUCAGAACCCGACACAAAGAGAUGCUGGCAUCUACAGGUGCACAGCCAGGAAUGCCAUUGGCGUAGAUUCGAAAUCCACAUUUCUCAAUGUGUUCUGAGGAAUUUCACUGUUCAUCAUGGUCAACGCCAUACUGUAUGC